AAGUGGUCAUAAUUUAUUAAAUAUGUGUGUUUUAAUGCUAAAGAAUAUAAAAUUUAAAAGAGGAAAUUGAUAAGGAAAAUCAACCAAAUCAUCAUUAAUUAUAUUAACAACGCAAUAACACGAAGUAAUAUAUUUUAUUUAAAAUGGAUAUGGAUCCAUCAUUAGAUAUGGAUCUCAUGUCUAGUGGCAUGGUGGAUUCAUUGGAUCUAUUUAAAGAUGAAGAUGCUUUAACCAUAAUUAAAGAAAUGAUAUCACCAGAUAUGUUAAAAAACUUUCUAGAUGACAUUGAUCAACUACCCGAUGAUCUACUCAAUACUUUGGAUUGUCCCAUGGAUGGCACACAGGCUGCCGUCAAGUCCGAACAUGUGGCACCAGAAAUGCACAUUAAAACGGAAUCCUUAACACCCAUGCAUUUGUCACCACAACGACCAGAUAUGCAAUCACCCUCCUAUAAACCUUUAAUUGCUUCUGAUCCUUUAAUGGCCUCUAAUUUUAGUCCCAUACCACCCAUGUCUAGUCCCUCAUCAUCGGCUACCAUGAUACCAACCGCAGCACCUUUACAGCAAAAGUCUUUGGCUAAUAAUAUGAUCUUAAACCGGCAACAUUUAAGUCAAACACCACAACAACAUAUACAAGCCAUGGACACGGGACUACUCACUGCAGGAGCGGGUAAUAUUAUAUUGCAAAACAAUAAUACAGCUGCGGCGGCUCCUUUACAAUUAAGUCAUUUGGAUAUAAAUAAUCAAGCCAUAGCAUUAACCCAAGUCACCAGUGCUACAAUGCAAACAAUACCUUCUAUUCUUUAUGCUACUACGGCUAAUGGAAGUGGCGCUAAUAGCAAUAAUGCUUUCAUUUUACAAACAUCAGCAGCAGCUCCUCAACAAACCAGUAAUCUAUUAAAUAAUGUCACAGCAAAUGAUAAAAAAGUACAAAUUUCCUCGAACUCUACAAAUAAUGUGGCAUCAGCCACCACCAGCACCCAAUAUAAAAAAAUACAAUCUAUGCCCCAAGUUUUGACGGUACAAAGUAUAGGACAGGAUAAAACACAACAGCAGCAACAACACAUUUUGCCGGCACAAACCUCCAUAAAGUAUACCACCAAUCCUACAACAUCUCCUCAACAUCAUCAACAGCAAACAGCAGCAGGCACCGCAACACAACAAAAUCCCACAGCGCAACAACAACCUCAAGUUAUUAUACAAGCAAAUCCCGCUGUUAUGUAUACUACCGCCAAUGGUACGGCUAUUUUAACUUCACACAUCCCUGUUGUUUUGGAGCCCGUUACAGCAAUGGCAGCCAGUGCCAAUUCCACUGCUACCACCACCACCCCUUUACCAGCUGCUUCAAAUUCGUCACUCAACUCUAUAUCACCCAUGUCAUCGCCUACGCACACCCCAAUGGAUAAUACAAAAAUUGGCAUUUCUCGUGGUCCGCCUAAAGUCAAGGAAGUUAAACGUUCUGCUCAUAAUGCCAUCGAACGACGUUAUCGCACCUCUAUAAAUGACAAAAUAACAGAACUAAAGAACUUGGUAGUAGGUGAGGCUGCCAAAUUAAAUAAAUCCGCUGUUUUACGUAAAUCUGUUGAUAAGAUACGUGAUUUACAACGUCAAAACUAUGAAUUGAAAAUGGAAGUACAACGUCUGCAAAGUGAACUAAUGUCUCGUGACGGUUCUAAGGUACAAGAUCUACUACAUCCCUCGGGUAGAGGCAAGAAACGUAAACCUUCGACUGGUCAUCAUGAGGAUAUAAUCAUGUAUGGUAAGGAACAAUCUUUAAUGACACCACCACGUAGUGAUGUUUCGGAUCCUUCACUAUCACCCCCGCAUUCCGAUAUUUCUCUACCGCCUUCACCCUAUGAUGGCUCUAGCUCAUCGUCCAGCAUUAAAGAUGGCGAUUUGGAUAUAUUGCCCAAAUCUAUGCAGGGCAUGGCGGCCCAUUCUCGUCUAGCGUUGUGUAUGUUUAUGUUUGCCAUUAUCGCUAUAAAUCCAUUUAAGAAUUUUCUUGGUGGCUACGAUGCAGACCGUAAUUAUAUAUUCGAUGAUGAGGACUUGGUGGGACAACGUAAAAUAUUGUCCAUUGAGGAGAAUACUGCCAGUGGUUUUAGCUGGGAAUCUUCUACAUCUUCGCUUAUGUUAUGGACCAUGAAUAUUUUGGUGAUGCUUAUGUGUAUGAUUAAAGUUUUGGUUUAUGGUGAUCCUUUGCUGGGUUCUGAAACGCCAGCUAGUGAUACGUAUUGGAAGCACAAGAAAAUGGCGGAACAUUAUUUUGCAACGGGAAAUUCACGAAAUGCCUACAACGAGUAUCUACGCUGUUUACAAAUCUUUGGCAUAUCCUUGCCCUCAACACGUUUGGAAUCAUUUUCGGUAACAACUUGGCAAUUUAUACGUUUAUUCUUUCAUCGCAUCUGGUUGGGUCGUAUAUUGUCACGUAAAGCCGGCGGUCUAUUUUGUAGUGAAGAGCAGCGUAAAGAAGCUUUAGCAUCGGCUCGAGAAUUGGCUUUGAUUUUCAAUCGUUUAAAUCAAUUACACUUAACCUCGAAAAUAAAUGAUUCUCAUGGUUUGGUUAUGUCACUUUACGCCAUCAAUAUGACCGAAGUAGCAGCCUCUCUACUCACACCACACGAAUUGGCCAGUAUAUUUAUCACUUCAGCUUUGAGAGUCAAACGCAGUUAUCCCAAAUAUUUGAAAUUCUUUGGUCGUUAUUUCAUAAGUCGUGCGAAAAAUGAAAAUAGCAAAAUACGUGAACAAACCAAAGAUACCCAUUGGCUAUUCACUUCAUAUGGUUAUCGUUAUUUUAUUACACACAACUUUGAUUUUGUGGAAAAUGAAAAAGAAAAUCCCAAUAAAAAUACACUAUUUGCCACGCUCAGCAAUCCGGCGGAUCCCAUGUCAUAUGUGGUUCAACAUUAUCGUGAACAUUUACUAACAAAAGCCAUACAAUGUCUUUUGGGUUCGGGCAGUCAUAAAUCGCAAGGUGGUAAAAACAAAACGACAACAGAUUCUAAUGCAACAACAACAGCAGCACCACCCGGUACUAUGGUCAGCAAUGUUUUAAAAUAUACAUCGCUAUUGCGUGACACUUUGUCAGAGGAGAAUAAUGAUAUAAAUAUCGAAUGGUGGACAAGUGUUUUGGAAAUUGCUGUACACUGGCUAUUGGGAGAGGAUACUUUGGCGGAAAAUCUUUUGGAAUCUGUGAAAAUAUUACCCAAACAAUUGGCUGAGAGUGGAGAUCAUUUGCCUAAAGCCUUGCAUACUAUAUUAAAGGCCAAGACAAUAUUGAUAAGCUUCAAUGGCAAUGAUAUGGAAUAUCGUGACAAACAAACUCUAAUGAAUAUAUGUGAUGAAUCAAGUGCAUAUUUGCAAGAAUGUUUAACCGUUAAUAAAAUAACAAAUACCAAAGGCAUUAAAUUGCUUUUCCAAUUGCUGACAUGCGAUUGGAUUCUAGAGACACGUACACAGAUAUGGGAGUCAGAAUAUAUGUCUAUGGAUGAUGAUGGUUAUUAUCAAGUGCCUGGUGAUGUUUUGGAAAAAUUCCAAAAAGAUUUAAAUUCUCUAAGGAGUAUAGUCGAGGAUAUACCAAGCGGCCAGUCACGUAUUUAUUUAUACGAAGCUGUUUGCCGUUUAAUGGCUGGAGCUUCACCCGGACCCACACAACAACUACUGGAUCGUAGUUUACAUUUCAAACAUGCUCGCUCAUCGAUUAUUUGCGGUGGCAAAGAUAAGAAUCAUAAUUUUGAGGGCGGUGAACGUGAAAGAGCCGCUGCCAUGUAUGUGGCUUGCAAAUAUUUACCCUCUGCUUUGUUAUGUUCGCCGGGUGAACGUGCUGGCAUGUUGGCAGAAGCUGCUAAAACUUUGGAACGCGUUGGUGAUAAACGUAAACUCAAAGAAUGCUAUCAGUUAAUGAAAUCGCUGGGCAGUGGUUCUGCUGUUACUAAUUAAAGACUUUUUUCUAUUUUUUUUUUAAUAACUACUUUAUAAAACGUUUCUAUUUCUGCUAAUUGUUUUACAUUACCUUUCCAAUUUAGUUUUGUUUUGAUUUGUAAUUUGCAAAUUUAUUUUUAACUAUUUUUUUACAAUAUAUAAUUGGUGUUUAUGUCAUUUAAUUUAGGUGUGUAAUUUAGUUUGUAACUACAGAAGGCUGCGGUGUAAAUCUGAACUGGAUCAAUUGUUUUGUAAAGUUUUGAUUUAAAUCGCUACUCUUAUUUUUAUUAAUUCUUUCAUUAAUGUUAUUUUAUUGAAGAAAAAACAAUUAAUGGACAUUUUAAUCAAACAACUACGUAUUAAUGCUUGUUAUUUAUGAUUAUAAACAUCUAUUUAGGUUUCCAAAUAAAAAUACACACAUUAAUGUA